GGCGCAGGGCGACUCCGACCCUGUCCUGCUGCCGGGCGUCUGGAGCCGAACGUCCUGCUCGCCGCCGCCAUGGCCAAGCCCCUGACCGACCAGGAGAAGCGGCGGCAGAUCAGCAUCCGCGGCAUCGUGGGCGUGGAGAACGUGGCCGAGCUGAAGAAGGGCUUCAACCGGCAUCUGCACUUCACGCUGGUCAAGGACCGCAAUGUGGCCACCCCCCGCGACUACUUCUUCGCGCUGGCGCACACGGUGCGCGACCACCUGGUGGGGCGCUGGAUCCGCACGCAGCAGCACUACUACGAGACGUGCCCCAAGAGGGUUUAUUACCUCUCUUUGGAAUUUUACAUGGGCCGAACAUUACAGAACACCAUGAUCAACCUUGGCCUGCAGAAUGCCUGUGACGAGGCCAUUUACCAGCUUGGAUUGGAUAUGGAGGAGUUAGAAGAAAUUGAAGAAGAUGCUGGGCUUGGCAAUGGUGGUCUUGGGAGGCUUGCUGCCUGCUUCUUGGAUUCCAUGGCAACUCUGGGGCUUGCAGCCUAUGGCUAUGGCAUCCGAUAUGAAUAUGGAAUCUUCAAUCAGAAGAUUCGAGAUGGAUGGCAGAUAGAAGAGGCAGAUGACUGGCUCAGGCAUGGAAACCCCUGGGAGAAGGCCCGCCCCGAGUUCAUGCUGCCUGUUCACUUCUACGGGAGCGUAGAGCACACAGAGGCCGGAACCAAGUGGAUCAACACGCAGGUGGUCCUUGCUCUUCCAUAUGACACCCCGGUGCCUGGAUAUCUGAACAACACGGUCAACACCAUGCGCCUCUGGUCCGCUCGCGCACCCAAUGACUUUAACCUCAGAGACUUUAACGUUGGAGACUACAUUCAGGCUGUGCUGGACCGGAAUCUGGCCGAGAACAUCUCCCGGGUCCUCUAUCCCAAUGAUAAUUUUUUUGAAGGGAAGGAGCUGAGACUGAAGCAGGAGUACUUUGUGGUGGCUGCUACCUUGCAAGAUGUCAUCCGACGUUUCAAAGCCUCUAAGUUUGGGUCCAGCAGGAGUGCCAGAACUGCGUUUGAUGCCUUCCCAGAUCAGGUUGCCAUCCAGCUGAAUGACACUCACCCUGCGCUCGCCAUCCCUGAGCUGAUGCGGAUUUUUGUGGACAUUGAAAAAUUGCCCUGGUCCAAGGCAUGGGAGAUCACCCAGAAGACCUUUGCCUACACCAACCAUACAGUGCUCCCGGAAGCCCUGGAGCGCUGGCCUGUAGAGCUGGUGGAAAAGCUGCUUCCUCGACAUUUGCAGAUCAUUUACGAGAUGAAUCAAAAGCAUUUAGAUAAAAUUGCCGCCUUGUUUCCUAAAGAUGUCGACCGCCUGAGAAGGAUGUCUCUGAUAGAAGAGGAAGGAGGCAAAAGGAUCAACAUGGCCCAUCUCUGCAUUGUGGGCUCCCAUGCUGUGAACGGCGUGGCUAAAAUUCACUCAGACAUCGUGAAGAACCAAGUAUUCAAGGACUUCAGUGAGCUAGAGCCAGACAAGUUUCAGAAUAAAACCAAUGGGAUCACUCCAAGGCGCUGGCUGUUACUCUGCAACCCAGGACUGGCAGAGUUAAUAGCAGAGAAAAUCGGGGAGGACUGUGUGAAGGACUUGAGCCAGCUGACGAAGCUGAACAGCUUCCUGGGCGACGACAUCUUCCUCCGGGAGAUUUCCAACGUGAAGCAGGAGAACAAGCUGAAGUUUUCUCAGUUCCUGGAGAAGGAGUACAAAGUGAAGAUCAACCCAUCCUCCAUGUUUGAUGUGCAGGUGAAGAGGAUCCAUGAGUACAAGCGGCAGCUCCUGAACUGCCUGCAUGUGGUCACCAUGUACAACCGCAUUAAGAAAGACCCGAAGAAGCUAUUCGUGCCCAGAACAGUUAUAAUCGGUGGCAAAGCUGCCCCAGGAUAUCACAUGGCCAAACUGAUCAUAAAGCUGAUCACUUCAGUGGCAGAGGUGGUGAACAAUGACCCCAUGGUUGGAAGCAAGUUGAAACUCAUCUUCCUGGAGAACUACAGAGUGUCUCUUGCUGAAAAAGUCAUUCCAGCCGCAGAUCUGUCGGAGCAGAUUUCUACCGCAGGCACCGAAGCCUCGGGGACAGGCAAUAUGAAGUUCAUGCUGAACGGGGCCCUGACUAUCGGGACCAUGGAUGGGGCCAAUGUGGAAAUGGCCGAGGAAGCCGGGGAAGAGAACCUGUUCAUCUUUGGCAUGAGAAUAGAGGACGUGGCUGCUUUGGACAAGAAAGGGUAUAAGGCAAAAGAAUAUUACGAGGCACUUCCAGAGCUAAAGCUGGCCAUCGAUCAAAUUGACAAGGGCUUCUUUUCUCCCAAGCAGCCUGACCUCUUCAAAGACUUAGUCAACAUGCUAUUUUAUCAUGACAGGUUUAAAGUUUUUGCAGACUAUGAAGCCUACGUCAAGUGUCAAGAAAAAGUCAGUCAGCUGUACAUGAAUCCAAAGGCCUGGAGCAUCAUGGUACUCAGAAACAUAGCCGCCUCAGGGAAAUUCUCCAGUGACCGAACAAUUAAGGAGUAUGCCCGGGACAUCUGGAACAUGGAGCCUUCUGACAUAAAGAUUUCCCUGUCCAGUGAACCCAGCAGUGGGGUGGACAAAGCCAAUGGAAAGUUAGACAAAUAACCAGGAGAGAGGGCAAUGCUUCUCGGUGUCAUAGCCCACGCGCCUGUGUCAGGGUGAAUGACCCACAGCUCCCCUCUGCUGCCGCCUUCCCCCAAGUGAGCACCGGCUCCCCGGACCGCUAGCGCUUCUCAACGUAAGCAUUUGAUUGAACUGCUGACAAUCCAUCUCCUUCCACUGCUGCACAGCAAAACCUAUUUCUAAGAAUACUUCUAGAAGCUAAAGGAAAAUAAGUUCCAGAAAGUGGCUUUUCAGAAAAAGGGAUGAUAUAAUCAAGUUCACUAAAGGAAGAUCUGCCUGCAUCCUGUCCACUCUGCCAAGAGGUACAAGAUGAAGUGAAGGAGAGAGAUUCACAGCCCUGGAGGUACAAGAAAUACUUUUUUCCAAAAGAACCACAGUCUGCUCUCUGUUAACCACAUAAAAGGGAGAUAAAGAUGAUUCAAAAGGCAGAGGAUUCUUUAAAAAAACAUUUGAAUUUGUUUUAGAGCCAAGUUUCUUAAACCUUAGUGGGUCAUGGAGCCCUUUGAACAUGUACAUGUAAUUAAAGCUAUGGACCCGCUGCCCCAAAAAAUGUAUCCACUCUUCAAAUUUUGUGUACAAUUUUGGGUUGGGAGUUCAUGGACCCUCUGGGGCUUCCAUGGAUCCCAAGUAUAGAACCACUGCUUUCAUCAAGGUUCCCUGCGAUCUGUCAUUUGGCCUCCUUCCAGCUCAGUACUGCCAAGAGCAAGCUGAGACUUCCGGGCAGGAGACAGGAAGGUGCAGCUGACCCCAAACCAGGAAAUCUGGGAUAACUGAGGGCAAGAGCGGAUUCACUCAGAGGGCAGACGUGACUGUGUGAUUCACAUGACCCUUUAAAUAAAAAUGCAUUGUAACGCCGUGCCCAAGUCUACACCAUCAGAACAAGGAUAAGCAAUGUUGAAAAAUGUUGAUUUCACAGGAAAUCUCUGUAAAUGUGACUCUGAAACAUACACCUCAAGAAAGCCCCUUGAGCAAAGGCAAGUCUUGAGAAGGCCAUCUUCUGACACAAAAAGACAGUGAGUAAAAGAGACAGAGGCAGGGGAGCCGAGGGGCAGAUUCCAGACCUUGUCACUGAGUUUGAAGUGUCCUCCCAGAGACAGAGCGAGGUCUGCGGGUCUCUGAGGCACAUCGCCCCUCCCCCAUGCUGAGACCCGCAGUCACAGCCAAUACUCAUCACCCACCAUAAUGACACAGGCUCACAGAGGGACUGGCAGUGCACCAAAGGACAGCCAGCCUCCUGGGAGGUGCUCUUGGUUACCAAGCAAGGUUGGGACCACAGAGAGCAGGCCGAGGCAUCAGUAUUCCAGACUAGAAUUAGUCAGGUGGCCCCCAGUAGCCGUGAUCAGAAUUCCAGGUGAUCUCUCCUAGGGAAUCCAUACUUUUGAUUAAUAGGAUUCGUGCCAAAUAAAUGAAUCUCCAUGUGGUUCUGUGAGAAGACCACUGAUGUGGAAACUGCUCUUCCUUUUCUCCAUACCUCAUGCCUACUCCCUACCCAGUCGUCCAUGGAUUUGAUCCAUCAUUUCCGACACUCUUAGGGAGUAAAGGAACCAUUGCCUUCUUUGAAAUCAGUAUCCAAAUUUUGGAAGUUAGUUUCCCUUUCAGUUAAGGAUCCACAUUAUUCUACAUAUAGAAUAUAUAGAUUUUUUAAAAAGAGAAGCCUAUUGCCAGAACACCCUCAAAUUUCAACAAAGGGAAAAAAAUACGUGAAGGGAUGCUUACAGACCUAAAAACUGAGCUCUGCCUUACAUUCCCCCUCAGGGCUGAAAUACUCUUUCACUCUGUAAAAAAAAAAAAA